UUUCAUGUGCUUCUGCAAUUCAUACUUUGCCAGAUCGUUCUUGACUCUCUUUUGUUUAAAGUGCUGCUGAUAUAUUUAAAAAUGAGCAAGCGAAAAGGACCCGAUUCGGAAAACUUAAAUGCCGAAUUUAGUGACUUUUUAAUGGAGUUGGCAAACUAUGAGAAGAAUGUCAAUCGAGCUUUACACAAAUACAAUGCAUAUAGGAAGGCAGCCGGAGCAUUGGCCAAACAUCCAACGAAAAUCAGGAGUGGGGAUGAAGCUAAAAAACUGGACGGUGUUGGGGCUAAAAUAGCUUUGAAAAUUGAUGAAUUUAUAAAGACAGGGAAGCUUUCUAAGCUUGAGAAGAUUCGGGCUGAUGAUACUAAUGUGGCCAUCAAUGAAUUAACCAAGAUAUCAGGAAUUGGGCCUGCUGCUGCCCAGAAGUUUGUUGCCGAGGGAAUUAUGAGCAUAGAGGAUUUGAGAAAGCAUCAAGACAAGUUGACAAAAGGACAAAUUAUUGGACUGAAGUAUUUUGAAGACUUUGAAAAACGAAUUCCAAGAGAAGAAAUGCUCAAACUACAGGACACAGCUAAAGGAGCAAUUAAGGAACUGGACAGUGAAUAUUUUGCAGAAGUUUGUGGCAGUUUUCGUAGAGGUGCCUCGAAUAGUGGUGAUAUUGACAUAUUGCUUUCUCACCCCAAGUUUGUAUCCGGAGGAAAGAAGAUGCCACAGUAUCUGCAUAAUGUUGUGAAGAAACUGGAAGAAAUCAACUUUAUAACAGACUCCAUCUCUCACGGAGACUCCAAAUUUAUGGGUGUGUGCAAACUGAAGACAGAAGAUGAUGGAACAGAAUAUUGCUAUAGAAGGAUUGAUAUUCGUUUGAUGCCCCAUGACCAGUGUUUCUGUGCUCUGUUGUACUUCACUGGGUCGGACGUGUUCAACAAAACAAUGCGGGCACACGCUCUCGAGCAGGGCUUUACGCUGAACGAAUACUGUAUCAGACCUGUCGGAGCCACUGGGGUGCCAGGAGAACCGCUUCCCGUGACGUGUGAAGAAGACAUUUUUGACUAUAUAGACUUCAAGUACAAGAAACCCAGUGACAGAAACAUGUGAUUCUACACCGGACGAUGUUUAUGUGUUCACCCCUCAGUGGUCCAAUUCAACCAAUCACGGAUCAAGAACCCCACCACACCUAACUGUAAAUAAACUGCACGAAUUUGUCUUUGCACUCGCACCAUGUUCUUUAUUAUUGAUGCAUGAAAUCCUAGCUGACUAAGGUAAGUCAACUAGGGCUCCAGAAGAAAAACAAGCAGGAAAACCAGAUAACCUGAAGACAAACCAA